CAGCACUUGAAUAGAGUUCAGUUAAAUUCGAACCGCCAAUCGUGUCGUGGUGUGUCGCGAGUGAAUCCGUUCCGCCGCCGAUCGGAAUUUCGAUUUAUCGCGCGCGCGCGUCCUCGCAAAAUUCCUUUACUUCUGGCCAUUGAAUUAAGAAAUCAACGAUCAAGAUGGGAUGCGGAAUGGGAAUGAUCAAAUACCUGCUCUUUAUAUUUAACUUCAUUUUUGUGCUAUGCGGUCUGGCUAUCUUGGUUGUGGGCGUUUUAGUGCGUGUAGGAGGUCAAAAGUAUGCCGAAGAGAUGAAAGAGAUUACUGGUGAUCUUGUGUUCCCAUCGAUAACAAUGAUCGUCAUCGGCAGCAUCAUCUUUGUCAUUGCCUUCUUCGGAUGCUGCGGAGCGAUUCGCGAGAGCCACUGCAUGAUCGUCACGUUUGCAUCUUUACUUUUAACGAUCCUGAUCAUACAAGUGGCUGUCGCGAUCUAUACGUUUGUCGUACUGAAGAAUGCCGAUGAAAUCAAGUUUGAGGAUGAAUACGCGCUCAAAAUCUUCAACCAUUACAAGGACCCAGAGAAACCACAGAAGGAGUUUGUAGAUUUAAUACAGAAAGAAUUGGAAUGCUGUGGCGUUGACAGUUCUGCAGAUUUUAACAAAGUUCUUAAAAUUUCUAUUCCGGGAAGUUGCUGCGGUAAAGAUGUAAAUGCAACAUGUUCCCAAUAUGAAGCUUACAACAAGGGUUGCGUAAUCGCGCUAAAAGACCUCUUUAAACAGGCAUGCGCGGUAUUAGGUGGCAUUGCUCUGGGUAUCGCUGGAAUCGAGCUGAUCGGCAUCAUCUUCGCGCUAUGUUUGGCGAAUUCGAUAAGGAACGCCGAACGCAGAGGCUACAGCGUAUAAAAAUGGAGCAUCGCGAACAUCAACACCGUUUCGGGUGGGAAACUUCUUAAUACGCAACAACGUUCUUAUUUAUCUACUACUGUCAGCGUAUAUUCGCCUAUAAGAUAUGUGAUAAAAUAUUUACGCUUUACGUACACAAUAGGCUAAAUUAAAAUACUUUUUCUUUUUUUCAAGCAGAAAACAAGUAUGGAGCAAAGUGCCUCUUUAUAUUUUUCGAGUCUCUUUGCGCGUCACCAAUCGUAACUAAAAAGCAUAAAGAUAAUGUAUUUUCGAUAAAAUAUUUUUUUAUUUGCUAACUUUAGGAAUCUAAAUUUUACAUUAGGAAUCUAAUGUAGAACUUGACGCACGAUCUAGCAAUGAAAGUUACCGUAAAUGAUUAUGCUCUGAGACCAAAUAUUUAAAAAAAUUUUUUUUAUACGAUUAUAUAUUUUGAUACGGUACCACUUUGACUCACAUUUAUACCUAUUCUCGAUAUCAAUUAGAAAAAUACGAAACAAAAUAAAAUGUCUGUUGUGUAAUUAUUUAACGUAUAGAGAUCGUUCCGAAUAACCGUUCGAGUUUGAACAAAAAUACUGGGUAUACUUAUUACGAAGGAGCGAUAGUAUUUUACAAAGUUAACGUUACAAAGAUUUUUUCAUAAUGAAUUACAAGGUCGUACCUGCAGAAAAGAUUUAACAUCGCUAUUAAAAAAAAACACGGAGUUUUCAUAUGUGUUUUUACAUAAAAUUCACUUUGUUUGUACAGCACACAGUAUGUACGGAUAUUAUCUAUAUAAAUCUAUAUGUAUUUUUCUCUUAUAAUAAAAGCUACUUUAUUUAAGAACUCCUAUCGUCGUGUCUGUGCGCUAUAAACAAACAAAUGAAGGGACGCACAUUUAUAUAAGUAUUUUAGUAAUAGCAGCGGUGUAAAAUCGUAUAUAAAAGCUGGGCAUGCUACAUAAAUAAUUAUCCAAAUAAAGUUGUUAAAUUCUCAUAGAUUAUCUUUCAUCGUCGGAUUUUUACAUUACGCGUGUAUAUUCGAUUAUCUAUUUCACCGUUUUCGACAUAAUGUAUAAAUGCACCAACGAUUACCAUCGCGCUCUUGUUGCGAGACAAACUAUGUGCCCAGUUUUGUACAUUAAUUAAAUAAACAUAGAAAAAA